AUGGCCGACUGGAGCGAGCAUGCCCAUUAUGGCAACCCGAAUGGGCCCAUGGGCAUGCCGCCAGCCGUCACUGCUCUCGCAUUCGACCCGUAUAGCGAGCUGCUCUGGCAGGGCACCUCUUUCGGAACCGUCUCCUCGCUCUAUUCUUCCCAGCUAUCUCGCUACACUUCGUAUGCUGCGCACGGCUUACCUACCCGACCCUCUCCUGCCAAGGCGAUCCUCGCAGACGAACGUCACAUCUUUUCGCUUGGAGACAAUGGUAUCAAAUGCUCUCAGCGUCGAGGCUUGGCCAAAUGGACCACCCUUACCCACGACUUUGGCACAAAUGCCAUGAACCUCGUCUCCAUGUGCGCCUCUCCGCUCGCUGCUUCCUCCGACAUUGUUGCAGCUGGUCUCUCCCAGUCUGCCGCCAACACGGGCGAGAUCGACAACGACAACGACCUUAUCGUCACCGUGAACAACAGCACAGGUGCCGUCGUCCGUACUGUACCCUCCGAGGCUCCCAUCGUCCAUGUCCGUAAAAGUGGACGCUAUGUAUGCGCAGGUACCGUCACUGGCCACAUUCAGCUCCGCGACCCUCGCACGCUCAAGGUCGAGCAUCGACUGCAUGCGCAUCCGGGCGGUCUCGUCGACGUUCAGGCAGACGGUCACAUUAUCUACUCGGUCGGAUGGACGGUGCGUCAGGGUCACCCCGUGCCAGAGCCACUCGUCAAGGUGCACGAUCUGCGUACCAUGCGCGCGCUUGUGCCUAUCCCCUUCGCUGCUCCCGGUGGUCCAUCGCUCCUCGCCAUUCACCCAAAACUCUCCUCCACCGUCAUCGUCUCCGCGCCUCAGGGCCAAUUCCAGAUUGUCGACAUUGGCAUGCCCGGUGAAGGCAGAUUCUUCUACACCAACGCAACCUCCUUUACCACCUCGCUUUCCAUCUCUCCCUCUGCCGACUACAUCGCUUUCGGCGAGGCAGACGGCAGCGUUCGCCUCUGGAGCAGCUCUUCGGACACCUCGAAUCUCCGCUUCAACACCUUUGCAUCUUCUUCGCUCGAGUUCCCCGACAUGAUAGAACCGACGCCGUUCGUCAACUGGUCCACCGAGACGCCCUUAUCUUCCAUCGGCAUGCCGCACUAUGACCAAAAGCUCAUGUCCUUCUUCGACUACGACCAAUACGUGUCGGAAGCAUCACCGCUCUUCAACCCUCCGUCCAAGGUCGACCCCGCUGUUCUCAACAACAUGAAGACCGUCGACUAUCUCGGCUACUCCAGCUUGCCACCGCAUUUGAGAGGCAAGCGAAACGCCGUUUCAGGCAAGGGCCCAGGUGGUAUCCGCGCCAGUGCCCUGCAUCGACCCGAAGAUCGCAAGAAGAUCGGCAUCCCGCUCUUCCGCAGCGAAAAGGAGAAGGAGCAGAGCAAGAAGGCCGCCGCCGCUGCAGCCGCCGGUAUCACUUCCGCAGACAAGAAGAAAAAGAAGGCCGAGAGGAGGAGGGCCGAAGCUGGUUCCGACAGCGUAUCUACUUCCACCGAUUCUCGGGCCGAACGCAAUGCGAUGUCCGACGGUGCAACCGCCACGCGAUCCAACGCUGCAGGUUCCAAGUUGGCGACCAAGGACGAUGCCCCUACGGAUGAGGCUGCUGACGACGUUCAGAACGCUGCAGACGGGUCCGAAUACAACUCGGACGACACCUCGGACGACAGCGACGCAUCCGACGACGACGACGAAGAAGGGCAGGAGGAUGUCGAGACAGCCGAAGCAAUGCUCGCCAAAGGGCAGAUGCCGUCCUACUACCGCCUCAAGACCAUCCAAUACUCGAAAUUCGGUGUCGAGGACUUUGAUUUCGACUUUUACAACAAGACCCAGUACAGCGGUCUCGAGACGCACAUCCAGAACUCGUACGCAAACUCGUAUCUUCAGUCACUCCAUUAUCUUACGCCAUUCCGGGAGACGGCCAAGGCACACAUCUUGCAGGACUGUCCGCGGGAGAACUGCUUGUUGUGCGAAGCAGGCUUCCUCUUCCGCAUGCUCGAGGAUGCCAAGGGCGCAAACUGCCAGGCAUCCAACUUUUUGCGAGCAUUUGGCAACAGUCACAAGGCCGUCAGCCUUGGGCUGAUGGAUCGCGAGGACAGCUCGACCAACAUGUCGAGCGCCAGCGGAGCGGCCAAGAACGAGAUCGUAUACAGUCAACUCGUUCAGACAUUGAACCGGUUCGUGCUCGACUGCACCGCAAACGAGGCGCAGAUCUCGCAAGGAGGCUCAUCGGCUACCACGACGACGGGCUCGGGCUCGAAUACGGCAGCAGCUCGCUCUUCACCUGCAGGCGCACCGCCUGGCUUGGGGCCUCCGUUGAGCAGCAACCGUGGUGGUCCAGGGGCAGGGCGCAGGCUUGUAGGUGACUCGGCUUCUCCGACAUCGCCCUCACCGGCGGACAACGUCGCAUUGGCGGCCAACUCAUCGAUCGCAAAGCUCUUUGCGCUCAACACGGUGACCAAGACCACAUGCAUCCACUGCGGACGCGAGACCAAUCGACCCAACCCCCUGCUCUCGGUCGACCUCAUCUAUCCGCGUCGACCCAUGUCCAACGAAUCUGCGCCUCCGUCCGACUUUGCCUCGGUGCUGCGCGCUUCGCUAGUCCGCGAAGUGCAGAACCGCGCACCGUGCCGAGCGUGUCAGUUCACUGCCAUGUUCCGGACGCGCCGAGUGAUGCCGUCGACGACGGAGCUGCCGAGGAUUCUGUCGGUGAAUGCAGCGAUUCAGGCUCCGGAGCAUCUGCAGUUUUGGUUGGACGAUAAUCAGAAGGGAGGGAGGGCGACAGCUGGUGGGCCUGGACGGAAUAGUGGACCGCAACAGCAGCAGCAACCGUACAGCAAGAUGGCGUAUAUGGGCAUGGGUGGUACAGGCCAGCGCGGAGGCGGUGGUAUCCCCACCGGACCGCGUGGGGACAUCCCCGCGAGCGGUGAGACGAAGCGCACGUAUCUGCCACCGCGCAUCGCCAUCGGCGUCUACGGAGACGACGUGCGCGUGCUUCCCAUCUAUACGCCAGCGGACGCCGAUCGAGCCAAAGCAUCGCUCGGAGGUCGAUCUGCCAUCUACAAGCUGCGCUCGAUGGUGGUUCAGGUUUCGGCGGAUAAAGAGCAGCCGCAUCUGUGUGCGCUUGUCCGCGUACCAGAAGCCGAAUUCCACACUCAGAGCGGUAGCCACGUCGACGCCGCGACGACACCAAAGACGACCCACGCCAGUCUUCCGGGAAGCGGUGCAGCUCCGGGUUCGAGCAAGAAGAGUACACGUGCCAAGGCAAACCAGCUUGGACCGUGGCAUCUGUUCAACGACUUUUUGGUGCGGAACGUCAGCGAGGCCGAAGCGUUGGGUUUCCAAGCCACGUGGAAGAUGCCCUCGGUGCUCAUGUGGGAGAGGGAAGACGUGGAACCGCUGUGCAUCUCUACGCUUCGACAAGGACGAACUUCGAUCGAUCCGUUGAUUUUGUGUCGUGACUACAACAUCGCACAGAAUCGGGAUCCCAAACGGAUCCGACACACGCUCCUCUCGGAGGAUGAACUGCCGCAGCCGGGGACGUUGGUUGCGAUCGAUGCGGAGUUCGUUGCGCUGAAUCAGGAGGAAUUGGAGGUUCGAUCGGAUGGGACGAGGUCAGUGAUUCGACCGACGAAGCUCUCGCUGGCGCGCGUGUCUGUCGUUCGAGGUCAAGGGGAGAAGGAAGGGCAUUCGUUCAUCGACGAUCACAUCUACACACAGGAGGAAGUCGUAGACUACCUGACCAAAUUCUCAGGAAUCUUGCCGGGGGAUCUGGAUCCGACGACAUCGAGGCAUACGGUGGUACCGCUGAAAUCAGCCUACAAGAAGCUCAGGUUGCUCGUCGAUCGUGGUUGCAUCUUCAUCGGACACGGGCUGAAGAAGGACUUCAGGAUCAUCAACAUCUUCGUCCCCAAGGAGCAGGUCAUCGAUACGGUGGAUCUGUACCACUCCAAGGACCAUCCGAGGAGGUUGAGUCUAAGGUUCUUGAGUUGGUUUCUGCUCAAGGUGGAUAUUCAGAGCGGAAUGAUGGCGAACAAUCAGAUAACGGUAAGGGAGAAGGAGGAGGAGGAGAGGCUGGUGACGGGGGCGGACAAGGGCGCGGGCGGGGCGGCGGUGGAGGGUGGACACGAUAGUAUCGAGGAUGCGCUGGCGGCGUUGAGGUUGUUCAGGCUGUAUGAAGGGUUCAAGAGGGAUGGGAGGUUGGAGGAUGUACUGGAGGAUGCGUACGAGGUUGGCAGGAGAGUUAAUUGGAAGCCGCCGAACAGUACCUAG